AGUAGGUCGUGUGCGUCCAGUGACCGGAAGUGGCUGUUGGGAGCUUUCAGACGCUUUAAAUUCCUGCGGGGUGGAGGGCUUAGCUUAGUUGCUGGAGUUGGUGGCGCAUGCCUUCAUGGCUGUGGACGUGAAGUCUCGAGCGAAACGCUAUGAGAAACUGGACUUCCUCGGAGAGGGACAGUUUGCUACGGUCUAUAAGGCCAGAGAUAAGAACACCAACCAAAUCGUCGCCAUUAAGAAAAUCAAACUUGGACACAGGUCAGAAGCUAAAGAUGGUAUAAAUAGAACAGCCUUAAGGGAGAUAAAGCUCUUACAAGAACUAAGUCAUCCAAAUAUAAUUGGUCUCCUUGAUGCAUUUGGACAUAAGUCUAACAUUAGCCUUGUCUUUGAUUUUAUGGAAACUGACUUAGAGGUUAUAAUAAAGGAUAACAGUCUUGUGUUGACACCAUCCCACAUUAAAGCCUACAUGUUGAUGACUCUUCAGGGCUUAGAAUAUUUACAUCAGCAUUGGAUUCUACACAGGGAUCUGAAACCAAACAACUUGUUGUUAGAUGAGAAUGGAGUUCUGAAACUGGCAGAUUUUGGCCUGGCCAAAUCAUUUGGGAGCCCCAAUAGGGCUUACACACAUCAAGUUGUGACCAGAUGGUACCGGGCCCCUGAGUUAUUGUUUGGAGCUAGGAUGUAUGGUGUAGGAGUGGACAUGUGGGCUGUUGGUUGUAUAUUAGCAGAAUUGCUUCUAAGGGUUCCUUUUUUGCCUGGAGAUUCAGACCUUGAUCAGCUAACAAGAAUAUUUGAAACUUUGGGUACACCAACUGAAGAACAGUGGCCUGACAUGUGUAGUCUUCCAGAUUAUGUGACGUUUAAGAGUUUUCCUGGGAUCCCACUGCAGCACAUCUUCAUUGCAGCUGGAGAUGACUUGCUCGAUCUCAUUCAAGGCUUGUUCUUAUUUAAUCCAUGUACUAGGAUUACAGCCUCACAGGCAUUGAAGACCAAGUACUUCAGUAAUCGUCCAGGGCCAACACCUGGAUGCCAGCUUCCAAGACCAAACUGUGCAGUGGAAGCAUUAAAGGAACAGUCGGAUCCAACCAUGGCAACAAAACGGAAAAGAACAGAGGCCUUAGAACAAGGAAUAUUGCCCAAGAAGCUAAUUUUUUAGUUGCAACAAACAAUGGACAGUUGCACUGCUGAAAGAAAUGAUCCAAAGAGUAAAUAGCCUUGGGAAGAUCACACCACCGCCUCCCCUUGAAGUCCUCCCACCUUGAACUUACCGUGCUCCUCCUGUUCCAACAGCCAGGACCUUGACACUGUUCAUUCCAUUUCUUUUUACCCUCCCCAAGGAAAAGGCCUCAGGGCAAUUUGUGUUUGUCUUCCACGGUUUUGUAGUGUUAUUUUCAAAGAAUUCUAUCUCACCUUAUAGCUGCCUAUGCCUUUGAUCCUAGCAUGUAUGGGCAAGUGGAUCUCUAAGAGUUUAAGGCCAACUUGGUCUCCAUACUGAGCUCUGUGUCUGCCAGAGCUACAUAGUAAGAUCCUCUCUCAAAAAGCAUAAACAAACAAAAACCCCACUAUAGCUCAUACUAUUGUUUUCUAUUUUUUACUUAGAAACUUUCUUUACAUAUUAAUAGAUAUGAAUCUAGUUGAUUUAAUUACCAUAUAUUAUGUAAAUAAUGUUAUUUACCUGUGCUUUGUUUAUGGACUAUUAUUUUUCUAUUGCUGUAUAAAUUUUAUACAUAGCAUGAAAUAGCAUGAAUCGCCAGGCAUGGUGGUGGUUUGUCCCUGUCCAAAUUUGGGAGGUAGAGGCAAGUGGAUCUCUAUAAAUUCAAAGCCAGCCUAGACUUGAGAGUGAACUCCAGGGUUACAAAGUAAGAAUCUCAAGAAAAAGAGAACAAGUUUGGGUGUAGCUUGGUGGUAGAGCAUGUUGUACCCGUAUAUGAGCACCUGGCCCUGUAAAUAAUACAUUAAAGGUGAGGUAACUAAGUAGCAAGGCUCAACUCCUUUACAAGUAUCAAGCAAGCCUGAAACAAAGUGACAAGGUGUUAGUUAUAUGAGCAUUCCUGGUGCCCAUGGAGGCCAGAAAAUGGCAUUGGAUCCCCUGAACUGGAAUUAUGGAUGGUUGUAAUCCACCAUGAGAGUACAGGGUAUUGAACUCGGGUCCUCUGAAAGAGCAGCCAGUGCCUACUAAUUACUGAGUCAUCUCUUCUGCCCCACAUGAACUUUUUGAAUGGAACCUUUGGGAGAGCAAAACUUCACUCCUAUUCUGCAUUCUCCUUGAGUCUUAUUGGGAUUCAAAAAUGAUUGGUACAAAAUUCAUAGAAGAAAAACUUUACAAAUGUUUAUGUAAUACCUGUUUACAUGGGGCCAGGUUUGGGUGCUUGUGCCUUGUCAUACUGUCAGGCUGAGUAAUGACUAUCUCAGGUUUAAGGCUAGCCCAAUUACAAAUAGUUCUAUGCCAGUCUGCCCACAAAGCAAACCCACCCAUCUCAAAAAGCAAAAGAAAAAUAGUUUUUGGCAUGGGAGCCUCACAAAGACAGAGAACCUGUUAAGAGUCAGCCACUUAGCUGGGUGUGCUAGGCAGAGGCAGGUAGAUAGCCUGUGAAUUUGAGGGUAUCCUGGUCUACAGAGCAAAUUCUCAGGCAGCCAAGGAUAUAUCAUGAGACCCUGUCUCAUGAAUAAAGCCAACUACUUACUUACUAUGUUGGGAAAGAAUAGUAAAGAAAAGUGCUAAGGCAGAAUGGCUUAGUCCAGAAAGUUAGCUUGAAAGGGAAACAGCUAGGGAAAUGAGGGUUAGCAGGGCAGUGUGCUCGUCCUUGGUGUGAAGAUGCAUCUUUUUCCCCACAGGAAAGUUUUAAUCUCUUUUUUUAAAAAUUUUUAUGUGGAUGAGUGCUUUGCCUGCUUGUAUAUCUGUGUCACGUGUGUGCUGGUACUUGGAGGCCAGAAGGCAGCAGAGUCUCCUAAAACUGCAGUUACAUGAUUGUGUUCUGCUGGGUAGGUUCUAGGUAAACCUGGGUCAUGUGGGAGAGCCACAAUGCUUCAUCUCAUGCUUUUAAGGACUGCACGAUGAAUAUUAUCUUUUGUGUGUUUGAUAAGCAUGCACGUGUGCACUCAUGCCUCAGCACAUGUGCAUUAAUGGACAACUUUGUGUCAUUUUGGGGGGAUAUGUCAAGCCACUCUGUGUGCCCAGGCUUGCUGGCCCACGAGCUUCCAGAGACCCUUUUACUACAGACCUCAGGACUGCAGACCUAUGCUGUUCAUACUCAGUGUUUUUUCGGUGUCUUUGGCAGAGUAGUGUGUUUUUAACUUCUUCAGAGCUGUCUCGGUUGUUGCUGUUUUACAGUUCCCUGACAAAAGCACCUUAAAGGAGAAAAGCCUCAUUUUUGCCUUAGGAUUCCAUCGAAAUUCAGUCCAUCAUGGUGGAGGAGAUUCUGCAGCAGGUGGGGAAAGCAUGCUUGCAGGAACAGGAGGCUGGCUGGUCCCACUGUAUAUGUACUCAGAUACAGAGAGUGAACAGAAGGGUGGAGCUAGACAGCCUCAAAGCCUACCCCAGUGACCCAGAUACAGUGACCUCGAGCCUGCAGGGAUCAUUUCACAUUCAAACUAUCUGCUACCAAGCUCACACUGUGUUUGUAGUUUUGGACUGGGCUGUCCUAGAACUCAUUAUAUAAACUAGGCUGGCCUUGAACUCAGAGCUCGCCUCCCUCUCCUCUCAAGUGAUGGUAUUAAAGGUGUG